AUACUCGGUUUAAUAUUAAGAAAAGAGAAUAUGAGAUUAGUAAAGGGGAAAUUCUGUCAUCAACAAAGUCAACUUGGUCUAAACUCUUGUCGAUUCAUCAAAAUAUUAGUAAAGGGGUUGAGGAAACAUUUAAGCGUGUUAAGAUCGAAAGCGCAAAUAAAAUUAGUGAAGAUAUGUUAAUAGGUGGUGAUGUUGAUAGUUUGGGUGUUGAUGACGAGUUAGUAAAUAACGAGGCGGAUGAUGAUUUGAUUGAAAUUGAACAAGAUAAUAAGGAUGGGAAUCAGAAAAUUAGUGAACGUAAAGAAAAGUUUAAGAGUAGUAAUAAGAAAGGUAAAGAGCGAGCUGUUCAUAAAGUAGUUCAUAACACCAGGUUGUCUAGUUUUAAGAUAGAUGUUGAUAAUGAAAGCGAGUAA